AUGUUUGUUUCUCAGCAGGCAUCCAACAAUGAAAUAAAAAGUUUGUCUGAGAACCAUGGUAACAAGAGAGAAGCUUCGGCCACUGUGACCAGUGCAGAACUACAGGAACAACAUCCGUCCAAAAUCUUGCGCAGAUAUUUUGAUAGCAAGAGUUGCAAACAACAAGAGAAUAGUGAUGGUGUGACCCUUGUGGAACCAAGUCAAGUUCCAAAAGAAAGACCUGUACCAAAGCUGUCUCUACCUCAGACCAAGGUUACAUUCCAACCAACUACUCCAGUUCCUCCCACCCAACAUCGGAAGAUGCUUGUUGUCUCCGAACAUCAACGCAAUGUUAUGACAAGUCUAGCCAGUCUUUGGAAGAAGGGUCAACUCUGUGAUGCUGGAAUUGGGAAUGGAACUACUAUUGUGAUGGUUCACAAAAUUGUUCUCUUAGCAGUGUGCCCAAAACUCCUAUCCAUGUUUAACAGCAGUGGUCAAUCAAAUCGUUUUCUCCAAGUGAAUUUCCCUCAAGCCAUCAGCCAUGAAGCACUGACAGCAUUUGCAGAAUAUAUUUACAAUGGUGUGCUUGACUUAAGUGUUCAUUUACUGAGUCAAAUGCGGCAAAUGGCUCUGCAGCUUGGAAUGAAGGAGCUUGAAAUGCUUUGUGCUGCUCAUCUCUCUCCACAUGACCUUGCUUCUACUAAUGUUAAAAUUGACCCAAGUGAAAGGCCAUCAUCACCUUAUGACUCCAUCCAGAUAGUCAACUUUAAAGCAGAUGAUGAUAUUUCCUCACAAGAGAUGGACAGCAUUUCCACCCACUCCAGACCCUCUCGGAAGAAAACAUUAUCUUCAAGUAUUUAUCAACGUUUGGUCAUUUCAUCUCCUGAAGUCAUGUUGAGCAAAGAAGAGAACAAACAUUUUUUGUGCCUUUCGCCCACUUUGGAUGAAAGCCUUCAGGGUAUUGAUACCCCAAGCAGCAAAUAUGAUGAACUCAGCAACUUACCAGCUGCUGAUAUCCAAGACUCUUGUAUCGAUUCUUUGGACAUUGAGUGUCCAGCAGAAAAAAUAAUUUCUAUUUCCAACAUCAAGACAGAACCAAUCAGUAUUGAUGAUGACAGCUCUGAUGAGGCUGACAGUUAUCCUCACAAUGCCCCAACUGCUUCACCUGCUGAUGUGCUAACUACGAACUAUUCAUCCAUGGUAAGUCAGUUGCAGGAACAGAGGCUUGUUGGAUCUACAACACACAGAAGAAAGUCUCGGUCUACAGUCAACCGGAUUAAGUAUCCUUCAGAAGAUGAGGUGCACAACAUUGGUUGGCAGGGUUCCAGUUUUACUUUAAAGAAAGAAAAAGCUUUUGACCAACCUUCUGACAAAGAGACUUUAGAUGACGAUGCUCAACCUUUCCCAGUUGAACUGAUAUCUGUAGUAAGAAAUCGAAAGUUAAGCUUUAAAUCUGCCCCUGAUUAG